AUGAGUUGUACGAUUUCACAAUCGUUGAUAUAUUUGUACAACUGGUGUGGAAAGGAGUUGAUAUUGAGUUUGGGAGAAGUCUUAAGCAUUGACAUUUCAAGCAAUCACUUGGUCAGUGAGAUUCCGGAAAAUAUUGCAAGUAUGACAAAGUUGAACUCUCUCAACCUAUCAAGAAACAAUCUGUGGGGAAAACUUCCUGAAAAUUUUGGUCAGUUGAAGAUGUUUGAAUCUCUUGACUUGUCAAGAAACCAGCUAUCUGGUAGAAUUCCAUCAAGCUUUUCGAGCUUGAAUUUUCUGAGUGUCUUGGACUUAUCAUACAAUAACUUGUCAGGAAGUACUCCCCUAAGCGCCCAACUUCAGAGUUUUAACUCCUCUCAAUAUAUGGGAAAUCUUGGACUUUGUGGACCACCAGUGACACAGAAAUGCCCUGGAGAUGAAACAACUCAAGAUCCUGGAAUCACCAGUGGCAACAAAAGUGAUUGUAACACCGAAGGAGACAAAGAUGGCCUCAUAUACUUGGGAUUUUAUGCAAGUAUAGUGCUGGGUUUCCUCAUGGGAUUUUGGGAUGUCUACGGGACUUUACUGCUGAAGAGUUCAUGGAGAUAUGCCUAUUUCCAAGUCCUGAAUGAUACAAAAGACUGGAUUUAUGUUACAACAGCACUGCACAAGGAAAAAAUGCAUAGGAUACUUCAAAGAUAA